ACAUAAGUAAUACGCGUGGACAGUAACGAGAAAGCGCCUUUCUCAGUCAGACACCGUCUCCGCAGGAUCGCUUUGGCAAGAGUUAGCUGACAAUAACAAUCGGUAGUUUAUUGUUUCCCAACGUCAUUUAUUACACAUUAUUGUUAUACACUGCGUGCUCAAAGUGUGGCAACAGUGACCGGUUAAUCGACGCCAUUAUUAUCAAUGUUGUUCGUGUGAUCAUUGCGUUGUUGAAGGUGUUUUUUUUUUUUUCUUGUUUUUGAACUUUUUGAGUUGUUGUUGCUCUGCCGUUGCUCGGGGAUUCGAUUCCAAACUUAUUUGAUGUUCAGUUUUACUAAGCAACUGCGGAUCAGAUCAAAGUGUGAAUGACCCGGUGAAGGACAGAGUGGCGAGGCGGAGGGAGAAUUUUUGAUCUUGAAUUUUGGUUCGUUGGAGCAACACUGAAAGUCUGCGGAAGGAUGAUGGAACUGAAAAAGAUCAUGUGCCUGAUAUCGUUGACCUGUAUGGUGGAGGGCCAAUCGUUCUUCGAUGUGAUCCGAAACUAUCGUCAAACUCAAAGCAACAACAUCCCAUCAAACUACAAGCCGGAAAGAACGACCUACGACUUUAUCGUCGUAGGAUCAGGUUCGGCGGGUUCGGCGGUAGCGAAUCGUCUCUCGGAGAACCCGAAGUGGAAAAUACUGCUACUGGAGGCCGGGGGAAUGAUGAACGUUCUGAACGACAUCCCUAUGCUAGUGAGCGUCUUUCAGCUCACAGAGUUCAACUGGGGCUACAAAGUCGAGCCACAGACUAACGCCUGCCUGGGAAUGAUAAACAGACAGUGUCCCUGGCCCAGAGGAAAGACCCUCGGCGGCACGAGCACACUCAACUACAUGAUCCACACCAGAGGCGGAAAAGAGGACUACGAAAACUGGGCGAAAAUGGGCAACAAGGGUUGGUCUUGGAACGAGGUGCUUCCCUACUUCAAGAAGAGCGAGCGCUUCGACAUCCCUGAGCUAAACAACUCCACCUGGCACAACAGACAGGGACACGUCUGCGUCGAAUACGUUCCCUACCACUCGCCCUUGGCCAAUGUAUUUCUCCGUGCCGGCGAACGCCUCGGUUAUCCCAUCGUCGAUUACAACGGUGCCAACCAGAUCGGCUUCUCCUUCAUUCAGGUCAACAUGGACAAGGGCACGAGGUGCAGCGCCGCCAAGGCGUAUCUCAGGGAUCAAAGACCAAAUCUUCACGUUAUGACCAACGCCAGGGUCACCAAGAUCCUCUUCGACGAAAACAAACGCGCAUACGGGGUCGAGUAUGUCAGAAGAAAGAAGUUCCACCAGGUGCGGUGCUCCAGAGAAGUCGUUCUCUCCGCCGGGACCAUCGACUCUGCGAAACUGCUCAUGCUCUCGGGAAUCGGACCGAAGGAGCACCUGGAGGAACUAGGCAUCCCGGUAUUGAAGGACUCUAAGGUUGGGUAUAACCUCUACGAGCACGUCGGUUUCCUGGGGUUGAGUUUCCUGGUCAACCAGAGCGUAACUCUUCUCCCCAGGCAGCUGGCCAGACCCGGCGUGUUACUGGACUACGUGAUGAACCGAAAGGGGCCGAUGACGAUACCCGGCGGAGCCGAAGCGCUAGCUUUUAUCAGGAGCAAAUAUGCCCAGGACGAAAGACCAGACAUCGAGCUGCUCUUCGCAUCCGGCUCACUCCAUUCCGACAACGGACUGACCUUGAGAAGGGCUCUGGGGAUAACCGACGAGCUUUAUAAUGCGGUGUACAAACCGAUCGAGGGCCGCGAUGCCUGGUCGAUCUGGCCCAUUGUUCAGAACCCUCGCAGCGUCGGAAGGAUCAAGCUCAAGUCAAAGGAUCCUUUCCAGAGCCCAAUCAUCGACCCGAACUUCUUCAGCCACCCGGCCGAUUUGGAGAUAAUCUUAGAGGGAGUCAAACUUGCUAUCAAUAUAUCGCAGAGUGAACCUUUCAGAAAAUAUGACUCUCGUCUUCAUGAUAUCAAGAUCCCCGGGUGUCGGACUCUGCCUUUUGGCACCGACGACUACUGGCGAUGCGCCAUCAAGCAUCUGCCAUCCAUGAUGAACCACGAAAUUGGCACCGCCAAGAUGGGACCCGCCUCCGAUGUCGAUGCCGUUGUCGACCCGCAACUCAGGGUGCAUGGUGUCACCGGUCUCCGCGUUGCCGACGCUUCAAUCAUGCCUGCCAUUCCCACUGGACAUUCCAACGCUGUGAUUUACAUGAUCGGCGAAAAGGCUGCCGAUAUGAUCAAGCAGACUUGGCGAUCGAGAUAGUUUCGAAUUACCAGUUACUCGACGAACUCAAAUUCUAAAACAUGACUAUUCAUUUCUGGUCGCAUUUGUUUUAAGGCUACGUAAUAGUAAAACUUCCAUCAACCAAAUCGUUGCGGUGAUUCAAUCCGUAAACCAAUGAACGAAAUUGGAUCAAAUUUCAAAAACGCGUUACCUUUCCAUCGCAAGAUUCAGAAGUCAUUUACGCAUUGAAGAUUAUAUCCAACUCCACGAUUUCUAUGAUAGUUUCAAGAACGUCCCGCAAUAGUUCUAACGUAACCAAUUCAUCGUCAGUCAUUUUCUCUUUCUGAUUUGCCAUUUACAGAGUAAACGACUGAAGUAAAUAAGUUCGAAUAUCAAUACCACUUCGCUUUUUGAUCACAGGAUUUGAGAGGAUCUUCUAAAAUCAUCUAACAGUACCAAGGGGGCAGAAGCCGUUUCCGCUACCCAGCGUGUGGUUUGCUGCGGCAAUACACGAUAUUUUUUUGCACUAUGCACGGAGGCCGGUUUUUCUUCUUGUAGUGAGGGAUCACACCACAUCGAUCACGCGUCGGUGCGAUCAACGUUAAGAUUCGUAACGUCCGAUGUUGUUGUUUCGUAGGCGGUGUGACUACUUUACCGACCGGACCGAUCGAUACUAGAAGAAAAAACGGCACUUUGCUCCCCCUAUACUGGGAGCCAAUACUUCCAGAGAGACAAAGUGACACUUUGCUUCCUAAUCAAGGAGAAAAAUCAGCCUUUCCAUGCAUAUAUGUAUAUAGAAAAAAGUACUACACUAUUUUGUUUCGCCAGUAACGUGAAGUCCUUUUUUGCAACACCUGCAUAGAAAGUCCAUUUUUAUGCACCAUUUACAAGCACCGAAAGUAGUCUUUUAUACACACGUGCGGGAAAAACUUUUGCGCAUCGCUAGCGGUG